AUGGCGUACUACGAUGACGACUGUGACUCAGACUCAUACCAGAGCGCCGACGAACUCCUCAGCACACCAGACUGCGAGCGCCACCAGCCCGCAACCCCUCCAACCCUACACUCCACCUUCCAGAACUUCAAGCUCAGCCCAUCACACACCCGCCACCACCACCACCGCCACCACCACCGCCGCCGCCGCCACUGCUGGCUAGCCCAGAAGCGCCGCCGCAUCAUCCUCGUCGCCCUUCUCAUCAUUGGCGUCGUCGCCAUCAGCCUCUACCUCACAUACCUCACCCUCACCACCAUCCUCCUGUCCCGCCUCGCACCCCCCGACUCCCCAUCCACCCACCGCCUCAACACCCUCCUCUCCACCUGGCGUGGCCCGGCCGACAGCUCCUCGCCGUCUGCCGCAUGGCUAUCCCUCUUCACCGACGCCGCCGCCCGCAGUGGUGUCCGCCCCGUCCCCUGCCACAGCCACAACGACUACUGGCGGCCCGUCCCGCUGUUCUCCGCUUUGGCAGCCGGCUGCGUCGGGGUGGAGGCUGAUAUCUGGCUGCCUCCACCACUGCCUCCACCUUCGCCGUCCUCGGAGGGGGACGAGGUAAGUAGGGGGAGUACGAGUCCGCUCGUCGGCCACACCCGCCACGCCCUCGACCCCGCCCGCACGCUGCGGUCGCUCUACAUCGAGCCGCUGGUCGCCAUCCUGUCUGCCGCGAACGCGGGGGCGACAGCGGCGAACGAGACGGCGCCGGCGGGGGUCUUCGCAAAGAGUCCCGCAACGACGCUGGUCCUGCUUCUAGACUUCAAAGAGCGGGACGCCGCGCUGUGGGACGCCGUGGUGCGGCGGGAGCUGGCGCCGCUGCGGGAGAGGGGGUGGCUGACGUACUGGAGCGAAGACGAGCAGAAGCGGGUGGAGCGGCCGGUGACGGCGGUGGUGACGGGGGCGACGGCGUUCGAGGCGGUGGAGGGGCUGGGGCUGGGGGUGGGGGGAAGGGAUGUGUUUUUUGAUGCGCCGUUGGAGCAGCUUGACGGUAGUGAGGAUUAUACGGCUGCUAACUCUUAUUAUGCGAGUGUCAAGUUGAGCAGGGCGGUUGGGAGGGUGUGGGGAUUGCGGGGGUUGAGUGGGCGGCAGGCGGGGGUGGUGCGGAGGCAGGUUGAGGUCGCGGCUGAGAGGGGCUUGGUGUCGAGGUAUUGGGGGACGCCGGGGUGGCCGGUGGUGCUGAGGAAUCGGGUUUGGGAGACGUUGGUGGAGAGUGGGGUGGGGGUGUUGAAUGUGGAUGAGCUGACGACGGCGGUGAGGUGGGAUUGGAGGUUCUGUACUGUACUCGGUAUUACUAUUUGCAAUUAG